AUGAACAAGCCACUGGCAAAUAGCUUGGAGGCUUCGGGAAACCCAGAAGGCUCCUCCGGGACAAGGACCAGUCCGGAGCCCGAUCCUUCCCCUGCCGCUUCUUCCCAACUGCCUAGGAUUGCCAAGUCGGCCUCCAACGGGAUUCAAACUUUCCUUUCGGAAGAAGCCAAAAGCUACGAGUCAGAGCGGACCAAAGUUGGGAUCUGCAGCACUAGGGCGCCCCUCGAUGCUACCUCCCGCCAGGAUUCUAUCGAGGCCCAUGCCCUGCAGACCAUCCCCCCUUCGGGUGGCCCGGGCCCAGGCAAUGCUCAGCACUGCAGGAUUCCGGCCCUCCGAGGCGCCAGCGUUGGAGGGGAUGAAAGUGGGAGCCCGGGCAAGGGCACUUUGGAGAAGAACAGUGCCCAGGCUGCAGGUUGGAUAAACAUGAGCCAGAGCACGGUGGUGCUGGGCACAGACGGGAUCACCUCGGUCCUGCCAGGCAGUGUGACGACUACUUCUACACCCGAGGACGAUGAAGGGGAUGAAAAUAAAGCCCGAGGGAACUGGUCUAGCAAACUGGACUUCAUCCUGUCCAUGGUUGGGUACGCAGUGGGGCUGGGCAAUGUCUGGAGGUUUCCGUACCUGGCCUUUCAGAAUGGGGGAGGUGCUUUUCUCAUCCCCUAUCUGAUGAUGCUGGCUCUGGCUGGUCUGCCCAUCUUUUUUCUGGAAGUAUCACUGGGGCAGUUUGCUAGCCAGGGUCCUGUGUCCGUUUGGAAAGCGAUACCUGCUUUACAAGGCUGCGGCAUCGCUAUGUUGAUCAUCUCAGUCCUAAUAGCCAUAUACUAUAAUGUGAUUAUUUGCUACACACUUUUCUACCUGUUUGCCUCCUUUGUGUCUGUGCUACCUUGCUCUUGCAACAACCCAUGGAACACACCAGACUGCAAAGACAAAACCAAACUUUUAUUAGAUUCCUGUUUUGUUGGUGAUCAUCCAAAAAUACAAAUUAAGAACUCAACUUUCUGUAUGACUGCCUAUCCAAACUUGACAAUGGUUAAUUUCACCAGCCAAACCAACAAGACAUUCGUCAGUGGGAGUGAAGAGUAUUUCAAGUAUUUUGUCUUGAAGAUUUCUGCAGGGAUUGAAUAUCCUGGUGAGAUCAGGUGGCCACUGGUUGUCUGUCUCUUCCUGGCUUGGGUGAUUGUAUAUGCAUCUCUUGCUAAAGGCAUCAAGACAUCAGGCAAAGUGGUGUACUUUACCGCUACGUUCCCUUAUGUUGUGCUUGUGAUCCUACUCAUCCGAGGAGUUACCUUGCCAGGAGCUGGAGCAGGAAUUUGGUACUUCAUUACACCUAAGUGGGAGAAACUCACCGAUGCUACAGUAUGGAAAGAUGCUGCAACUCAGAUUUUCUUCUCUCUAUCUGCUGCAUGGGGAGGUCUGAUUACUCUUUCUUCUUACAACAAAUUCCACAACAACUGUUACAGAGACACACUCAUCGUCACCUGUACCAACAGCGCGACAAGCAUCUUUGCCGGCUUUGUCAUCUUCUCUGUCAUUGGUUUCAUGGCAAAUGAGCGCAAAGUAAACAUUGAGAAUGUGGCUGACCAAGGGCCAGGUAUUGCCUUUGUGGUUUAUCCUGAAGCCUUAACCAGGCUUCCUCUCUCUCCCUUUUGGGCUAUAAUCUUCUUCCUGAUGCUCCUGACUCUUGGACUGGACACCAUGUUUGCCACCAUUGAGACCAUAGUGACCUCCAUCUCAGAUGAGUUUCCAAAAUAUUUGCGCACACACAAGCCUGUCUUUACUCUAGGAUGCUGUGUUUGUUUCUUCAUCAUGGGUUUUCCUAUGAUCACUCAGGGUGGAAUUUACAUGUUUCAACUCGUGGACACAUAUGCAGCAUCAUAUGCACUGGUCAUCAUUGCAAUCUUUGAGCUUGUUGGGAUUUCCUACAUAUAUGGUCUGCAAAGAUUUUGUGAAGAUAUAGAGAUGAUGAUUGGAUUCCAGCCAAACAUUUUCUGGAAAGUCUGCUGGGCGUUUGUAACACCUACCAUUCUUACAUUUAUUCUUUGCUUCAGUUUUUAUCAGUGGGAACCCAUGACUUAUGGCUCUUAUCGCUACCCCAACUGGUCGAUGGUGCUUGGAUGGUUGAUGCUGGCCUGUUCAGUUAUUUGGAUCCCUAUUAUGUUUGUGAUAAAAAUGCAUCUAGCUCCAGGCAAAUUUAUUGAGAGGCUCAAGUUGGUCUGUUCGCCACAGCCAGACUGGGGCCCAUUUUUGGCUCGGCAUCGUGGAGAGCGUUACAAGAACAUGAUCGACCCAUUGGGAACAUCCUCGCUGGGACUGAAAUUACCCGUGAAAGAUUUAGAACUGGGGACCCAGUGCUAG